AUGGCGACGGCGCUGACAUACGAUAAGCUGGUCAAUCGCAUUGUGCCUGGACCGCAAAGCCUGAGCUACUUCAUUCCACUGGUAAUACUCCCAAUUGCCUUCGCGAUACCGCCAUGGGUCAUCUCAAAGCAGGCACUAUGUGCGAUCACGUUACCCAUCAUCACAGCUUCCCUCAUACAUGCCUGGAUCGUUAUGGGCGGUAUAGAUGUCAUCUCAUUCGAUAUGCUGUUGCAUAGCUAUCACCUGCUCCUGUUCAACGAUCCGCGCCGGCACUUCCGCAGAGUAGUCGCCACAGAGAGGUCCGAGCCAGCCACCGCGAAGGGAAACCAGACACCGCUACUAGGCAACAGUGCCAACAUUAGCGUCAAGGAUGAAUCUACGACACCGCGGUAUGUCGAGCAGUCAUACCCUAGCAACUGGAAUGAGAGGCUACCUUGGAUCGGAACACUGAUCAUUACGAUGCGAUUCGUGGAUUGGAAGAUCGGCUCGCCUUCCCAUGAUUCCAUUCGACUGCUUCGCUCUGCCAUUAUGGCACUUCAGGUCUGGGCGACAGUAGGUCAGCAGUUUCAGUUGCCUUGCACUGUGCCAGUAGCGUUGCACUGGGCAGGCUACCUCCCUGAUGCCUGGAGUCCACAUCUCUGGCCAACUUUCUUUGGUAGCUUCAGAGCCAUGUUUACAACCUCAAGCUUGGGUGCAGUUCGUAACUUCUGGGGUCGUUACUGGCAUCAGACCUUGAGAUUCUACUGCUCAAGCCCGGGAGUUUGGCUUUCAGACUUGCUGCACUUGUCUCGUCGUAGCUAUGCUCGCUAUGUUUUGCUAGCCGCGACUACAUUCUUCUUGUCUGGUAUCGUGCAUAUCGGUCUCGUACCCAGAGAUCCAAUGUUUGCAGUUGAGUCAGCUAAUCAAAUUCGUCUGCGGAUCGCGACAUUCUUCUGGUUACAGCCAGUCGGGUUCGCAAUAGAGAUGGCUGCCUCGAUAAUCUUACGUCGUCUCGGUACGCCGAAAUCGGUAUACGUGAUGUUGAACAUCUUAUGGUUCAUGGCGUGGUGUUGCUUUGUUCUGCCACCGUUGGGCGAAGCAGGUCGUAAUCUCGGAUACUGGCGCAUGUGGCCUGUACCACUCAGUCUGUGGCGAGGACUCAUCCACGGCAAAUGGCUGACUUGGUUUUGA